ACUCUUGCAGUGAAAACUCUGGAGAGUCAGACCUGACGUGCAACUAGGGAAGCAGAGAACCGCACUGAGCAACAAUACCACACACCCCCUCUCCGUCAUGUCUGCAACACAUUUCAACAGGGGCCCAGCCUACGGCAUGUCAGCUGAAGUCAAGAGUAAGCUAGCACAGAAAUAUGAUCCCCAGCGGGAACUUGAAUUGCGACAAUGGAUUGAGGAAGCAACAGGGAAGCGCAUUGGAGACAACUUCAUGGAAAGUCUGAAAGAUGGAGUCAUCCUGUGCGAACUUAUCAACAAACUCCAACCUGGAUCUGUAAGGAAAGUGAAUGAGUCCACCCAGAACUGGCAUCAGCUGGAAAACAUUGGCAACUUUAUUAAGGCUAUCACAAGAUAUGGCGUAAAACCCCACGACAUUUUUGAAGCAAAUGAUCUCUUUGAAAAUACAAACUAUACCCAGGUCCAGUCCACCCUGAUUGCUUUAGCUAGCAUGGCAAAGACAAAAGGCAACAGGGUGAAUGUUGGAGUGAAAUAUGCCGAAAAACAACAGCGGAAAUUCCUGCCUGAAAAGCUGAAAGAAGGACGGAACAUCAUUGGAUUGCAGAUGGGCACCAACAAGUUUGCCAGCCAGCAAGGUAUGACAGCAUAUGGCACACGUCGACACCUCUAUGAUCCAAAGUUGGGUGCAGACCAACCUCUAGAUCAGGCCACAAUCAGUCUACAAAUGGGAACCAACAAGGGGGCUAGCCAGGCGGGCAUGACAGCUCCUGGAACCAAGAGACAAAUCUUUGAGCCCACCCUUGGCAUGGAGCACUGUGACACCCAGAAUAUCUCCCUGCAAAUGGGCAGCAACAAAGGAGCCUCACAGCAAGGCAUGACUGUGUAUGGGCUGCCGCGGCAAGUCUAUGACUCCAAGUAUUGUCUCACGCCUGCCUAUCCUGUAAUUGGAGAUGAUGAGGACCAAUAUAACCACAGCCAUCAUAACUUCUACAACUCUGAAUAGCCAGCAGGAGUUGUGGGACAGAUAUAAAAUAGAGACACCAGCACUGCAAGGCGCUUCCUAAAAGAUCCAUCAUCAUGUGAUUAUUUUAACCCAGGAAUAUAAGAAGAUUCAGACAGUUCCUUAAAUUGCUAACAAGCUCACUAAAGACUCCUUAAUACAUGCCAGAGCCAGGCUUCCCCGUCACUGAGUGUUAAAGCUUCACCUUGAUAUCUUUCACGCUUUGACUUAUCAACUACUGUCACUGCUUUUGAGCAUGCACUAAUAUGGCUCAAAACUCUCAGGAUGAAAGAUCAAAUAAUAAAACCAGUAGGUUGAGAGAAGUAGAAACAAAAGAAUGAGUCCUCUUAACUUGGCUUCUCAAUUGACAAAAAGCCCUGGCAGCUGUCAAUCAUUUCCCAGUGCCAGUUGCCGGUAAUGUUUUGGAUCUAUGCAGAGGCAGGCAAUGAAGGUACAACCUGUAAAAUUGUUAGCUGCUGCACUCUAUUUUGUAUUCAUUAAUUACACAAAUUGCUUCAGGGCAAGCCACAUUUUCUGACCUGCUUAGAUAUAAAAUAUCAAGUUCUCCAUAUGUUAACUUUGCCAGAGGCUCCAAUCACUUCUGUUUCCUGAAACACACAAAAUUUGUGCAAGAGCAGUGGCAACCUGAGCCAGCCACUAACUUCUUGGAAAGCAAAAAAUUGUGGUUGAAAAUGUGUAUGGGUGUAUGGGUGGAGAGUGAUUGGAGGAACUGGUCAUACCAGCCAGGCAACAUCACUAGACUGGUGACACAUAUAAAUAUGCCUUAAGAUCAGUAGGUGGCCAAUGUCAGGUCAUUUGGAAAGGAUGGUGCAAAAAGGAAGAUGCAAAGUUAAACCAAGGACCUCUGCAAUUUCAGACAGAAACUGUCUGGAAACUGAAUAGCUAGUUGCCCAAGAAUACAAACUUUCCUGCAAAACAACCCAAUGCUUUUUAAUUCUUUGUUUAAUUUUAUAACAAGCAGCUUCUGCAUAAACCUGCUGAUAUAUUACAUGGAUAGGAAUGUCUUGGCGAUAUACAACUGUUUCUUUGUAUUUGCCUUACUUAUCUCUCAUUAGUCAGCAUGUCACUACAGUAUCUCUGAUCUUAUUUGUUCCAUUCAUCCCCGUGUACAUAUUUAAUUUGCAGUAAAUAAUAGACAUUUGUGUAUUUGCAUACAACCUAAGAAUUUAAAGGUAUGGGAAAUUAGGUAAAACUAACUGAACAUACAGGAACCAAAAUUAUCUUUAAAGCAUUCUUCUCCAGAUUUAUGUAAAUAAUCAUGUGCCUUGUACAAAGACAAAAUCAUCUACCAUAAAGAUAAUACUGUGCAAUUCAAGUUAUAAGACCAACAACUAUAUACUUCACACAGAAGUAGGAUUUAUUAGUACUUGCCUGUGCAUCUAGCUGUGGCCUGCCUUUCUUCCAGGAACUCAAGGAAAGCAUCCUUUCCUCCAAUUUCUCCCAUGAUAAGGUAGAUUGUGAGAUAGCCUGGACUGAGAAAGAGAAAUUGGCUCAAAGUCACCCAGAAUGAGCUUUUCUGGGUGUCUCUACUCCAAUACCUAGAACAGGGGUUGGCAACCUUAAGCACUCAAAGAGCCACAAAAUCCUAACCGGAUGCCCCCCCCCUCCCCGUUCAAUUCUGCAGCCGACCGGAAAUCCAGUUCCCCCACCAUAGAUUCUCCACCUAGCGCGACAUCGUUUUUCCUCUACCUGUCCUAACCAAAAGCCCUAUCAAUUGUGGAGCCGACCAGAAAACCCGCCUCUUGCCAUAAAGUCUCCUCCUGGCACGCCAUGCUUCCCUGCCCCUCCCCCAACCAGAAGCUCCUCUCAAAAUUGUGCCACCGACCGGCAACAGGGAGCCACAGCAGAGGGAUGAAAGAGCCACAUGCGGCUCCAGAGCUGAGGGUUACCUACCCCUGACCUAGAACAUAACAUCACACUGGGUCUCACUUUUUGCUGCCUAUGAAUCUAAUUAUGCAUAUUAAAACAUUUUCCUACUAACAGAUACAUUUUAUUCAAUUAUCAUCUAAUCCCUGCACUUGUAGUUCAGGAUUGGUGUGCCUGUCAUCUAUAUGUAUAUUUAGUUGAGGAAUGGCUGGCUUCACUAUUUUUUUUUUCUAUUGCCAUAUUCUCUGGUAAUUAUGUAGAACUAGAGGAAUAUUUGCUCAUUUUCCAAAAUGGCAUAAAUAUAUACUACUGAAAAGCUAAUAGAGUCAAUGAAAGCACUUGCCCUUUAUCUUCCUAAAAAUCCACAUCCUUCCUACAGUUGCAAGUGUUUUGCAUGCUAAACAGUUAAAGGCACGCUUCCCUUAAAACCAAAACAUAUAAAGAGGUAUGUUUCAUUGCAACGUUCUGUAAAAAUUUACUUCAUUCACUUUGGCACAAUAAAGAGAAAAGGGGGCUUUUAAAAUAUGACUUUAAAUGCAAUUUAACACAUACUUCUUACGUAUCCAUUUAAAAACAAAAUGAAGAUGUCACUGUAACCCUUCCUAUUACAACAUAUCAGAUCAUUUACUUUAGUGGUUCUCCAAGCAAAGGUCUUUUGUAACCCUUGGGUCUAAGAUAUUUUAAGAGAAGAUAACCACACAGAAUUCAAUUAUUCCAUGAAACCUCUAUCAGCUAAGUCAUUUGUUUGAAUUUUUAUAUAAGCAUCUCUUAUCUAAUGGAAGCAGUCAGCACUACAAAAUGUGCUAAAGGCAAACCCCAUUACAUUCAUUACUCUUAGCAUGAAAUGUGAAGCUACAUGAUCAUGAAUGCAUUCUUUACAUUGCAAUAUAAUCAACAGUACGAAAAAGACUUUUAGCAAAUGAGUUAUCAUUAAAAGUUUUCAGUGAAACUAAAAAUAAAAUCUCAAUAUAGAGGACAGUUUCUGCUCACUUGAAUAAUUCUGCAGGAAGGAACUAUCAAGAUACAGCAGGUCUGUAGACAAGAUUGGGAAAUGUAAAGUGUUUGUAUCUAUCUCUUUAUCUGGAAAAUAGUAAUAGCAACCCUCACUGUAUUGUUGCCAAAAUCAUUACUAAUGUAUGCAUACAGCCACCAAGAGUCAAUUUUGCAUAUUUGGAAUAAUUGGGAAUAUUCUAACGAAACACACUUAAAAGUGAAAUAUUUCAGUUUUUAACACUUUGUUGUAGCAAAUCUGUUCAAUAAAUUUUCAAAUAAUAAA